CUGCAGCAUCAUAUUCAUGAUCGUAUUCAAUCAACUGAUCACCCUUAUCCACUUCUAUGGCAAUCAAACGCAUCCUCAUCAACAAUCGCCACACCUAUUAAAACGUCAUUCAACAUUAACACUAUUAGUCUCAAUAUUGAUAUUGAUACAACAAAUUACAACAACGUUUUCAAUAGUAUUGCACAUUAUAAUAACAAUAACAAUAGUAAUAGUGCUAUAAAUUUAUACAAUAUCAAUACUAUUAACAGUAUUAAUGAUAUUAUCAUCUUUAAUCAUAACAAUAAUGAUAAUAUCAAUAAUGAUAAUAUUAUUUAUAACGACACCUUAACACACUCAUGUCCGAAUUCACCCUGGCCAUCGUCAUGCCUUUCACUAAUUGUUGCAAUCGUGACCAUUGCGUUUAUGCUCACCGUUAUGCUGGGUAUUGUAUUAGGGAAUUCAUUAGUGGUGUUGACGGUGCACAAUGAUGCUAAAUUAAGGACUCACCGUCAAAACUGGCUGAUUGUUUCGCUAGCAAUCGCAGAUUUGCUCGUUGGUUUGCUGGUGAUGCCGCUGACGUUGACUUAUGAAAUUAUCGGAGAAUGGAAACUCGGUACGAUUUUUAAAAAAAUUCGUCAACCCAUAGGCUCAGGUUCAAAGAGGUGCCAGAAAGAAGUGAAGACAAUGAAUGCAGUGAAGAAGACCUUUCAGAGUGGAUGUAUAUUUGAAUGGAUGUAUAUUUCAGGCAAGGUGCUGUGUGAGCUGUGGCUUGCACUGGAUGUGCUCUUUGUGACCGCAUCAAUACUUCAUAUUUGUGUGAUCUCGUUGGAUCGUUACUGGUCCAUUACACAACCGUUGCAAUAUCCUAACAAACGACGUACACCACUCAGGAUUGCGAUCAUGAUUGGAACGGCCUGGUUGUUAUCGCUACUCAUUUGUCUACCGCCUAUACUUGGCUGGCGACCGAGACGUGCGCCAGGUGAAUGCUCAGUAAGCACGGAUAUCGGCUACGUUCUCUACUCAUCCCUUGGCUCAUUCUACAUUCCCGUUGUUCUGCUCGUUAUCGUCUACGCACGCAUCUUUAUCAUUACAAAACGUCACAGCCGUCAACGCAUCAAAGAAACCGAACGUUUGGGUAAGACGCUAUGUGAGCUGGCUGCUAAAGCUGCACGAAAUAGUAUUAAUGAAGCCAGCUAUUUGCUGACUGCAAAUACAAAUACUACGAUGACCAACACUCAAAUUACUACUAGAAACACUCAACUCACGUCAGGUGCCAUCAGCGCCCCAAAGUUUUUGGCAGAAUACAUCAACAACACAUCAACCGACCUCCACCAUUUUGAUCACUCUCAACGUAAACGAGCCAAAAUUCGACUGAAACGUCAUACUAAAAGUGAGCAGAAAGCAGACUACUGUCUAGUGCAGACUGCAGCAGCAGCAACAAAUAAAACUCCUGCUUACGAAUGCACAAGUAUACGUUCGAAAGCAGCAUGCGAAUCGAAAGCGUUUAAUGAAAAGCGACGUAAACUGCUCAAGGCUAAAGAGCGACAAGCCACUCUAUUGCUUGGACUCGUACUCAGCGCUUUCAUUUUUAGUUGGUUACCCUUUUUCGUAAGUUAUUUCUGUUCGUUUAUAACGACAGUAAUUUAUGUGCUGGGCGCAUUCGGCUACAAGGCACCUUCGUUAAUCUUUAAAUUCUUCUUCUGGCUUGGAUACUGUAAUUCUGGUAUCAAUCCCAUCAUCUAUACAGUUUUCAAUCGAGAAUUCAAAAAUGCGCUCUGCAGACAACUGCGACGACAACGCAAGCACACGGCUUCCAUUAUACGACGCUCAUUUCAUCUCAAUUAA